AUGAAAAUACUUAAAGAUAAAGGAAGUAAAAGUAUAUCAGGAGCCGUAUAUCCUCAACAGGCAACACCUCUCCGCAUCGCAGUCGUCUCCCGCCCGUCACGCGCCGCCAUGCCGUUGCCUUUUAACAAGACUCUUGACCUUAAAUUACUAGCUUUAGUGAAAGAGAAUCCUAUAAUUUACAAUUCUAAAGAUCCUAAAUACUUAGAUUUCGACACUAGAGAAGUGGUUUGGCAGAAAAUUGGCGACACAUUAAACAGACCUGCGACAAUUUGCAAGACAAGAUGGGUAAACAUCCGGGACAUGAUGCGCCGGAAGAUUAGAGAUCGCCUUCGGAACCCAAACCACAGGAGCUACAAUUAUAAAUACGAGGAAGAACUGUCAUUUAUGCUUCCUUACUUUAAAGAAACGAAUUUAAACACCUCAAAUGAUGAAUACGCCGACUUCUUCGACGGUUCUCCGAAUUGUGAACUGACGGACACUUUUGGUGAAGAAUAUCGGGAAAGCAGAGAAAUUAAGCCGAAUGUGACCUUCCAGAAACGUCCAGAGGACACCAAUUCUUCUUCAUAUAAUAGUGAAUUCCAAGAACUGAACCCAGCAGAUCCUUUAGACGUUUUUCUGAUAACCAUAGGAUCUACACUUAGAAAGUUUAGUCCAUAUUACUUGAAUCAGGCAAAGAGUAAAAUAUUUCAAGUGGUACAAGAUUAUGAGCUGCAGCAAAUUGUAAAUAAGGACAACCAGCCCGGAGGAAGUGACAGUAAAAGA